UUGAGACCACAUGCAAGGGUUUAGGGCUCAAUCGCACUAUGGUAUACGAGUCGAAAGGCUGUCCACAGGAGCAGGACCUGAUGGACGAGUUGUGUCCGAUGACAGGCUUUUGGCCCUACUUUUUCUCACUCCAGUACUUCAUAUUCCUGAAGCUGGUGCUGAUGACACUCCUGUACGCCCUCUUUGCCGCCACCGCCUCACGACUGCAGACAGAGACCGACAAUAUCUGGAAGUUUCAGAGGUAUAUACUGGUCGUCGAUUUCGCCCACCGGCUCCCUCUGCCCGCCCCUCUCAACAUAUUCUGGUACAUCUAUUUCGUCCUGAAGUGGACUUACCGUUUGGUUACCUGUUAUUUCUGUUGCCGAAAAGGCAGAGACGCCACGGACGGCCGCCGAAACAACGUAUUGCUGCCGAUGUCUGACGAGUCGGACAAAUACUACGGACAGCGACUGUCCGAAGAGGACUACAACUAUUGGCGACAUUUGGCGCGAGAGUUCGCACUCAAAGAGGAGCUCAAGGAAGAGGAUAAGGAUAUCCCGAAAAGGGAGUGGGAGGCCGUCCAGACCAUCACCGAGGAGAUCGAGCACGAGAAGAAGGUGUUGAGGCAGUUGAAGGGAAAGGUAACGGAAUUGGAGCGCCUUAUGAACCAAUCGCACGUCUAUUUGGAAAGAAUUAAACAUUUGGCGACAAAACACUACGGAAACGAUACGGGUGUCUCGGGCGGCACCGGUGGCUCACAGAGUUUGGUCCAC